AUGCUUUUCGUGAAUAAACUCAGGUCGUUUUACAUCAAGCAUAUGAUAAAUCUCAUGACUCUGGUAUUCAACGCAUUGCUUAGAGCAACAGUGGAGCCUGGAAAGGAAGAGCUUGCGCCAACCCCACCAUUUCGAGCUCUGCAGUACUUUGUAGAUAAUGUUGCAAUUAGAGAUAAAGCGACAAAGAAACUCCAUGAAAUCUUUGGCUCCUUUUAUAUGGCUCCGGUAAAAUCUGUAAUUAAGGAUUUUGACCUCAAAGACUAUUCAAUGCAAGAGUUUGAAGAACUAAACCCAUUUAUCGACAUUCCGAAUCUACCAAAUGUCCGCGAUAUAGGAGGAUACCCCAUUGUUGACUCUUUUUCAAAUUUUGGCAUGGCUCGCGUUCGUAAGGGGUUGAUAUUUAGAGGCUCAGACUCUACGCAAAUCACCCAAUCAGGCUGUCAAAAGUUCCGAGAGCAGGGCAUAUCAACGCAAUUUGAUCUGCGUUCUCAACAGCAGAUUGAUCGUGCCGGGACGAUACGUGAGAUUCCGGGUGUGACGCGAUAUUGGACACCUAUAUUUGGCGAAGAAGAAUACACGGUUGAAAAGGCGGGUCUGCGAUAUCAACAGUACGCCGGCGAUGGAACAGAGGGUAUCGUUCAAGCAUUCACCGAAAUCCUGACACAUGGCACCAAGGCUUUCAAACAAAUCAUGACGCAUAUUGCCUGCCUCUCAACAUGUCCCGAGAAUGAAGCCCAAGGCAUAUACAUAUCUUGCACAACGGGAAACAAUCGCACAGGCCCUUUUAUCGCGAUGUUACUAUCCUUCCUGAAAGUUCCUGGAUCGAUAGUGUGUGCUGAGUACGCUCUCAGUGAACAAGGCCUUGCUCCUACACGUGCGAAGACCGUUGCGCGUCUAAGGAGCAACUCAAAGUUUGCAGCAAGCUUUGAUGAGAACGAGUUAGACUACCGAGCGGCAAGAAUGUCCGGGGCGAGGGAGGAGAGCAUGAUUGCGUUUCUGAAAGCAGCGCAGGAGAAGUGGAAUGGAGCAGAUGGAUAUUUCAGGGACGUAUUGGGUCUAGAUGAGCAGACUUUGGACAGGGUCAGAGAGGUAAUGACAACUUACGAAAAAUGCAUUACGACAAAGGUCUGAUACUGCACUAUGCCUUGUCCCUUGGAAGGUUCUCAAAGAUCACGUUGUGGAGCAUUUACGGGCACACCCUGCUUGCGAAUGAUCUUGGCAAACUUGUCUUGAUACAUUGUAAUUUUGAGCUUCUAGAGGAACGUUUUGCCGGUGGCGUAAGACAGUCAACAUGCAAGAAUAACAUUUGAAUAGCUACACGUCUACACGGA